CUCCCUUCCCGGCGCGCACCGCUCUUCCUGGAUACUACUAGGGCGCGCGGGAUCGCGUCCAGCGCCCAUCGCCAGCCGCCCGGGGCCACGUCGCAAGGGCGGGCUGGGGGCACAAGGCCGGCCGGGGGUACGUGCAAUGCGCCUGCCUGCUCCGGCUCUCCUGAUCACUGGGACGCCUUCCUCGAGCGGUCCCGACCACCCUCCCAUUCCGCCCUCCUAGGUCUAUCCCUUAGGACCAGGGGCAUGCUGGCGAGGCCCUGUCAGCACUCGGGGACAUGGAGGAGUUCCGGCGCUCCUACAGCCGUCUGUGCAAAGAGAGUGGGGCUGAGCCGCAGGAAGCUGUCCUGCAACAACUGCACCAGCUUCCACGAGGCCGACUGGACCUGGCCACGCAGAGCCUGACGGUGGACACCUGCAGGGCCCUGGGCAAGCUGCUGCAGAACCAGACUGUGUUGACGGAACUCAUCCUCAGCGACUGCAUGCUGAGUGAGGAAGGAGCCACACUGCUGUUUCAAGGGCUGUGUGCCAACACCAUUGUGCAGUUUCUGGAUGUAAAGGGUAACAACCUUCGAGCUGCAGGGGCUGAGGCUCUGGGAAAACUCCUUCGACAGAACCGGUCCAUUCAGAGCCUCACCCUAGAGUGGAACAACAUUGGCGCAUGGGAAGAUGCCUUUGCCACCUUUUGUGGGGCCCUGGCAGCCAACAGCACUCUGCAGCAGCUGGAUCUCCGCAACAACCAGAUCAGUCACAAGGGAGCAGAGGAGCUGGCCUUAGCCCUCAAGGGCAACACUAGCCUCCAGCAGCUGGACCUGCGCUGGAAUAACAUUGGCCUCCUGGGGGGCCGGGCCCUGGUGAACUGUCUCCCCAGCAACAGAACCCUGUGGAGGCUGGACCUGGCUGGGAACAACAUCCCUGGCGACAUCCUGAGAGCUGUGGAGCAAGCCAUGGACCACAACCAGGACCGGCACACUGCCUUCCAGGAGAACCAGGCCCGCACCAGCAUCCUUAGCAAGGAGGUCCAGCACCUCCAGGAAGAGAAAUCCAAGCAGUUUCUGGAUUUGAUGGAGACGAUUAAUAAGCAACGAGAAGAGAUGGCCAGGAACAGCCGGGCAUCAGCUGCACGAGUGGGGCAGCUUCAAGAAGCCCUGAACGAGAGGCAUUCCAUCAUCAAUGCCCUCAAAGCCAAACUGCAGAUGACGGAAGCUGCUCUGGCUCUGUCAGAGCAGAAGGCCCAGGACCUGGGAGAGCUUUUGGCCACCGUGGAACAGGAACGGCAGAGCGUGUCACAGAGACAGGAGAAGGAACGCAAGCUGGAACAGCAGGAAGCUUCAGAUCGGGAGUCUAAGCUCCUCAGGGACCUGUCUGCUGCCAGUGAAAAGAACCUGAUGCUUAGAAGCCAGGUGGAUGAGUUGGAGCGGAAGGUGAAGUCACAGCAGGAGCAUCUGUUUCUGACCAGACAGGAACUGACCAACACAUCAGCCGAACUGAAGAUCCGUGCCAUUCAGGCCGAGGAGCGCCUGGAUGUGGAGAAGAGGAGAGCCAAACAGAGCAUGGAAGAUUUGGAGAAGCUGUGCUCUAAGGAGGUGGAUCACAUGACCCGCCACCUCGAGGAGAGUGAGAGGGCCAUGCAGGAGAGGGUACAGAGGCUAGAGGCUGUGCGCCUGUCCCUGGAAGAGGAGCUGAGCCGCGUGAAGGCAGCUGCGCUCAGUGAGCGUGGACAGGCUGAGGAGGAGCUCAUCAAAGCCAGGAACCAGGCCCGCCUGGAGGAGCAACAUCGCCUGGCUCACCUGGAGGAGAAAAUGCGGCUGCUGGCCCAGGCACGAGAUGAGGCUCAGAGUACUUGUCUGCAGCAGAAACAGUUGGUAGCCGAGGCCCAGGCACGGACCAGCCAGUUGAACCUGCAGCUGGAGGGGCAGCGACGGCGCCAGGAGGAGCUGCAGCAGGAGCUGAGCAACAAGGACCAAGAAAAAGUAGCUGAGGUGACCAGGGUGAGGGUGGAGAUGCAGGAGCAGAUGGGCCGCCUGCAGGCUGACUUGGUGUCCCAGGAGGCGCUGAAAGAGAAGGUGGCUGCCCUGGAGCGGCAGUUGAAAGUGAUCGCGAGUGAACACCGGGAGGCGCUGCUGGACAGAGAGAGUGAGAAUUCUUCUCUCCGAGAGAAGCUGCGGCUCCGGGAGGCCGAGAUCAUCCGCAUCCGGGAAGAGGAGGCCCAGAGGGCGAGCUUCCUGCAGAACGCCGUGCUGGCUUAUGUGCAGGGGUCUCCUCUGAGAGCCCUGAGUCCCCCAAAAUGAGGGGAGGCAGGGAGGCCUGGAGCACCCUGCGAGCGCAGAAAUAUCCUCAAGGGCAGGUCUGGGGGGGUCCAAAGCCUCAGCCGAAGCGGCGGGGUGUUCUGAACAUCCCUGCCCAACCGGCGCACCUGCCCAGCCAAUGUGGUUCGCCGCAGCUCAGGGCGAAGCGCGCGGGAUCGAGCUCCUGGGACUCCAUGGAGAACCACUGAGAGGACAGCUUGGUGGGAGGGAGGUGGGAUCGGGAGCGCAGCCGACGCGCCCCCAACGGCAGGGCUGGAAAUACAGAACUUUCGUACUCGGUGA